AUGCGCUCAAGCUUAUUCAAAGCUCUCCUUGCUGGGGUCACCCUCAUCACAUUCGUUUGUGUCGAGAGUACAGCAGCUCAAGGUGCUCCGUUCUGGAAUCCCAAACAAGACAAAUAUCCUGCGGUAAAGCGAGUCGCAAAGACCUACACCUAUCGUUCAGCAAGAGCAAAAGGCAAUGUGACCCUUCCAGAUCCGUACAAUUGGUUGGAAAGACCAAUCACUGAUGCAGACGUGAAAGGUUUUGUCGCUGAUCAAUCAAAAAUGCUUGAAGGUUAUGUAUCAAAAUGCACAAACCGUAAAACGAUUGAACAAUCAAUUCGUGACGCAUUUGAAUAUGAUGACUAUACAAAUAUUGAUUUCAACACGAAUCCUGCCACGCCUUUUUACACUUACUCACUCAAACGUGCAGGUGACGAUCGUUAUAUUUGGUAUAUCGCAACUCCUGCUGAAAUGGAUGCGGCAGUCAAGAACAACUUCGCCACUCCACCUGGCAAGAAGUUUCUGGAUGAAAAGUUUUUGAGUGCAAAUAACACAGCCACAAUUGGCAAUUGGCAAACUUCUUUUGACGGAAAAUACUUUGCUUAUAUGGUGGCUGAUUCUGGCUCUAAAGUUUCAACCUGGUUCUUCCGUACAUUUGACAAGCCUUUGUUAUCUGGUGGUCCUUCUACUCCCUUGGGUGGCUCGGGCACUCUUCCGGACGUGAUUCCAAAUGUCGAUGGUUACUUCAGUUGGAGAUUAGAUAGCAAAUCUUUCUUCUAUACCGGCACUUUACCCAGUGCAGGAGGUUCAAAUACCGAUCUUGGUUCUUCCAUUCGUUAUCAUGUGAUGGGAACUGCUUACGAGAAAGAUAUCACGGUGGUCAAGGCCGAACCUGAAGGUGCUGAUGGAUCUAACAACUAUUGGUCGUUUACUACAAGUGAUGAUGGUAAUUGGCUCGUGGUGAAUGGUGCUGAUGGUUCUUUAGGUUAUGGAAGAUUGUAUGCAAGCAAAAUGACCGGUCAAGCAAUUUCUGGAAAUAUGAAAUGGAUUUCCAUUGCGCCAAAUCAAGAAGACAUUAUGGCUCCUUUGAAUGUGAUUGACGACUUUAUUUACGUUCGAACUUCUCGUGGUGCUCUUGAUGGCCAAAUUUCAAAAGCAAAGCUUGAUUGGAGUAAAGCAAAACAAACCAGCGACUUGAAAACAUUGAAGGAUAAGUUGCCAUUGACCACAGUCGUUCCGGAAGUCAAGAAAGAAUCACUCUCUUUAGCACAGGCUUUCAAUCAUGAUAAAGUUGUGACUCUUUAUACUAUUGAUGGGUCUUAUGCUGUCAAGAUCUUCAAUUUAAGAACGGGAAGAUUCAUCGGUCAACCAGCGCCGCAAGAACAUCCAGGAAGCUUAUUCAUUAUGGUUCCUGCCAACAAAGGUACAUCGAUCAAAUUAAUCAUGGCAACUUUGACGUCUCCACGUAAAGUUUAUAAUAUGGAAUUGGUAGGCAAUUCGAUCAAAACUACUUUAUGGACUACCCAAAGUACAAAAGGUGUAAAUGCACAAGAUUUCGUAACGGAAACAAUGUCUGCAACAAGUAAGGAUGGAACAAUUGUGCCUUACCUUCUUAUCUCUCGCAAAGGCACUCCUAAGACUGGAACAGCUCCUGUUUGGUUGCAUGUGUUUGGUGCAUAUGCUUAUGUUGAAUCAAACUAUUACGAUCCCAUCCAACUGUCUUGGCUGAACAGUUAUGGUGGCUUUGUUGCAUAUGGCUCACCGAGAGGAGGUGGGGAUAAAGGCGAAGGAUGGCAUCAAGCGGGACAAAAGCACAACAAAGAAAAGACGUUUGAAGAUACAGCAGCAAUUGCAGUAGAUUUAGUAAAAAGGAAGAUUGCUGCUCCUGGAAAAGUGAUCGGUCAUGGUGGCUCGGCAGGUGCUAUUGCGAUCACUGCAGCUGCAAACCAAGUUCAAUCAAGCUUUGGUCUUCUUUUAGGUGUGAGACCAGUGUUGGAUUACUUUUUGCGUAAACGUUCCCGUGGUGGUUCAGCUCAAACGGACGAAUUUGGUGAUGUUGAUGAUCCGGUUGACUUUGAUUACGUUAGAGCAUGGUCACCAUUACAAAACAUCCCAACAAAAGGAAACUAUCCGGCCGUUCUCAUGACGCCCGGUGAAGGGGAUGAUUCAGUUGUGGCUGCACACGCAUUCAAGUUCUUAGCAGAAGCGCAAAGAGACCAUCCAAAUAAUCCAUUGCCAAUGAUGUUCUAUUUGGUCCCUAGCGGUGGACAAGAUAAUUACGGUGUAAGCACAGACGCUGUAGUUAACGAAGGCUUCUACCAACAAUGCUUCGCACAACUUGCUUUGGGUUUGCAACACAAGAAGUGA